UUCGUCUGAUAGGGAGACGUCUGUCUGUCUGUCAGUCUGUCUGUCUGUCAGUCUGUCUGUCUGUCUGUGUGUGUUACUGUCCGUCCUGUAGUGUGUGCAUGCAGGACAGCGGCCGCUCCCUGUAACGGACCCGGUACAGCAGUGUCAGCACACCGGACCGGACCGGACCGGACCGGGGCGGAGACAGGAUGAGUGACCCGCUGAAGAGCUCUGUGUCCGGCUGCACAUCCAGCAGCUCCCCCGCUCCUGCUCCGGGCUCCGACACAUAUAAAGGGUGGCUCUUUAAAUGGACGAACUAUAUAAAAGGGUACCAGAGGAGGUGGUUCGUGCUCAGUAACGGGCUGCUGUCUUAUUACAGGACGCAGGCGGAGAUGGCUCACACGUGUCGCGGCACCAUCAACCUGGCCACGGCGCACAUCGACACGGAGGACGCGUGUAACAUGGUGCUGAGCAGCGGGGGCAGAACCUACCACCUGAAAGCUGCCACUGAGGUGGAGAGGCAGAAGUGGGUCACGGCGCUGGAGCUGGCCAAAGCUAAAGCCAUCCGCAUGAUGAACGAUCAGUCAGAUGACUCUGGGGAAGAGGAGCCCACAUCCCGCUCGGACCGCAGUGAGCUGCAGGGGACGCUGAAGACGUUGGCGAGUAAGCUGGAUGAUCUGUGUACGUGUAACGAUCUGAUCGCGAAGCACGGUGCAGCACUACAGCGUUCUCUCAGCGAGCUCGAAGCUCUGCGCGUCCCGGUCGAAGGCAGCGAGAAGAUCAAGGCCGUGAACGAGAGAGCCACUCUGUUCCGCAUCACCUCCAAUGCUAUGAUCAAUGCGUGCCGUGAUUUCCUGGAGUUGGCCGAGAGCCACAGUCGCAGAUGGCAGCGAGUCCUGCAGCAUGAGCGAGAACAGCGCACUCACCUGGAGGAGACGAUAGAACAACUGGCCAAGCAGCACAACAGCCUGGAGAGAGCGUGGAGAGAGGCGCCGACACACACCUCUAACACACCUGACACCACCUCCACACACACCGGAGUGAGUGAGAGGUCUCGCAAAGGGGAAGCGAGUGACGAAGAUGAGGAUACAGAGUAUUUUGAUGCCAUGGAGGAUUCACCUGCUUUCAUCACAGUGACGGCUACAGACGUGUCUCAGCACAGACGUUCUCAGAGUAAUCUCAGUGGUGCCAGCGGUGGGCAGCCCAGUGACUGGAGCCUGGAGCAGCAUUCAUCUCCGAGCUGUAAUGAUUUAUCAGGGAGGGAGCUGCAGACACGCAGGAGGAGACGGAGUCGAAUCCCAGACAAGCCAAACUACUCACUUAACCUGUGGAGCAUCAUGAAGAACUGCAUCGGCAAAGAGCUGUCCAAGAUCCCCAUGCCUGUGAACUUUAAUGAGCCCCUGUCCAUGCUGCAGCGGCUGACGGAGGAUCUGGAGUACAGUGAGCUGUUGGAUAAAGCGGCUCGCUGCACCAACUCUCUCGAGCAGAUGUGUUUGGUGGCUGCUUUCUCCGUCUCGUCUUAUUCCACCACCGUCCACCGGACCGCCAAACCCUUCAAUCCCCUCCUAGGUGAAACGUACGAACUCGACCGGCUUGACGAUUACGGCUACCGCUCCAUCUGCGAGCAGGUUAGUCAUCAUCCUCCGGCUGCGGCUCAUCACGUCAUCUCACAGCGAGGUUGGACUCUCUGGCAGGAAAUCACCAUCGCUAGCAAGUUCCGUGGCAAAUACCUGUCCAUCAUGCCUCUGGGUUCCAUCCACCUGCAGUUCCACACGAGCGGGAACCACUACGUGUGGCGUAAAGUGACCUCCACCGUGCACAACAUUAUUGUGGGCAAACUGUGGAUCGAUCAGUCGGGGGACAUCGACAUUGUGAACCACAGAACCAAAGAGACUUGUCAGCUUAAGUUCUCUCCAUACAGCUACUUCUCAAGGGAAGUCCCACGCAAGGUGACCGGCGUGGUGUCGGACAGUGAAGGACAAGCGCACUACAUACUAUCAGGAACGUGGGACGACCGAAUGGAGAGCGCUAAGAUCGUCCAGAGCAGCUGUGGGAGCAACAAUGCAGAGGGCAAACAGAAGACUGUGUACCAAACACUCACACCUCGACUACUGUGGAAGAAAUACCCACUCCCAGAGAACGCAGAGAACAUGUACUUCUUCUCGUCUCUGGCUCUCACGCUGAACGAGGAGGAGGACGGCGUGUGUGUGACGGACAGCCGUCUGCGACCAGACCAGCGUCUGAUGGAGGACGGACGAUGGGAUGAAGCCAACAUGGAGAAACAGAGGCUGGAGGAGAAACAGAGAGCCGUGAGGAGGAGGAGAGAGGCUGAGGCGUCCGACGCCAUAGACCAAGAUUGUGAGCUAGACUCUGGUCAGGAAUACGAGGGCUACAAGCCUCUCUGGUUCCAUCAGAGGACGGAUCCAUUGACUGGGGAAACGAACUUUGUGUAUAAAGGCGGUUACUGGGAGACCAAAGACAGACAGGACUGGAGAAUGUGUCCAGAUAUUUUCUGAUUGGAGAUGAGAAUGAGGACAGAACGUUCUCUAACAGACUCACAGAGGAUCUGGGACACGGGUCCCAUCUGUCAGAGAGAGAACUGAGAGAGAGAGAGAGAGAGAGAGAGAGAGAGACAUUUAAUCUCCCUCUAGUAUUCAAAUAAAAUGUGUGUGUAUGUGUGUGUAUGCGUGUGUGUGUUUGUGUAUACGUGUGUUUAUGUAUGCGUGUGUGUGUAUGUAUGCGUGUGUAUAUGUGUGUGUGUGUAUGUGUGUGUGUGUGUGUGUGUGUGUGUGUGUGUGUAUGCAUGUGUGUGUGUGUCUGGUGUGUGUAUGUGUGUGUAUGCGUGUGUGUGUGUGUCUGGUGUGUGUAUGUGUGUGUAUGCGUGUGUGUGUGUAUGCGUGUGUAUGUGUGUAUGCGUGUGUGUGUGUAUGUGUGUGUAUGCGUGUGUGUAUGUGUGUGUGUGUAUGUGUGUGUGUGUAUGUUUGUGUAUGUGUGUGUGUGUGUGUGUGUGUGUAUGCGUGUGUGUGUGUGUAUGUGUGUGUGUAUGUGUGUGUGUAUGUGUGUGUGUUUGUGUAUGCGUGUGUGUGUGUGUGUAUGUAUACGUGUGUGUAUGUGUGUGUGUGUGUGUGUGUGUGUGUGUGUGGGUGUAAAAGAGAAGAAGGGGAUUUUUAACAUGAAAUUUAACCCCUUAAUUCUUCCAAACCAAAUCAGGUGCUCUUUCUUCAGAACACAAACCCCGCCCCGCCCCGCCCCGCCCCGCCCCGCCCCGCCCCGCCCUUCUGAGUGCACUUCCCUUGAGCCCUACACCUAACGAGGACGUAGUGCACGUCACACCUCUCCAUCUCCAAUGAAGAAAGGGAUCACUUCAUUUAGUGUCAUUUAGGCUUUAUAAUGUGAACUCUCAUUAAUAUUCACAUUCCAUUACAGCCUAAUUUGCAUAUCCCACAGGACAGUGGGCGGAGCUUAUGAUUAUAGCAGGGAUAUGUGAGUGUUAAUCCUCAACAACGAAAAUAUUAAAGAUUAAAAAAAGUUUCCUGAAGUGUCGAGAGCCUUCUGUGUUGCUCAGUGACACACUGCAGGUCUCAUAUCAUUCGUAUUUAAACCAGUUUGUGUUUAAAGGAACAGUUUGGGGGAGGAUCUGUAAACCUACCGCUAGGCUAAAAAGGCUAUCACCUAAAAAAUCAUAAUCAAUUCUACUCAAAUCUUAAUAUACUUCCAAUUUAGCCUCAUUUUAAUUACAAAAAUGUAAAUGAGUGUUUGUUACGCAGCUCACGGAAUGAUUCGUUUCAUCGAUGAGACAAAAUGGAAAGAAUUUCAACACACACUACGUCCUAACAGGUGGAGCGUAAAGUGACCGCAGAUUAACGCAGGUCGUCAUCACCGGCCAAUCAGGGACGUGAGGCGUCGAGACACUUUAAAACAUGAGACUGUACAGUUAACAUUACAGUAUUAACGCUUCGUUCAUAAAGUUUCUCAAACCUGCUCAUGAUCUCAGGAGCUCACGUUCCUCAGGAGCUCACGUUCCUCAGGAGCUCACGUUCCUCAGGAGCUCACGUUCUCCUGCAGGAUGGACGCUGAUUAUUAUUAUUAGCCAAUGAAAAAGGUAAAAACUUCAGAGAGCAAAAUAUGAACCGAUCGUCUCUCGAAACAACAUCGUAGAGAGGAUCUUUUUCCUCCAAACUGUUCCUUUAAACAGCUGGAUGAUCAGCUACUAUUAGUCUCAAGGGAAAUCUUUUUAGCUUUAGUAAUGAAUAAUAAUCCAACAGCCAUAUCGUCCCUUUGAUGAGAUUUCUGAGCCUGUGUGCAUUUAAUGUUUAAAAACAAAUCAAUAAAUCAGCACACAGUCAUUAAAGGAACCUGACAGAAAUCCUCAAAGUGUCGGCUUCCUCACCUUCUCAGUAUUGAGUCUCUGUGGUGUUAAAUCCGGUUCGGUCCGAUCUCGAUCCGGUUCGGUCCGAUCCGAGGUGUCGUGUGGGUUCUCUCACGGUUUCAUAGCACUCGCUGUUGAAAACGUAGACUCUGGAGAGCAGCUGCUGCUUCACCUGUCCAGACUCUGGUGUGUUUAUUUUUAUGAUAACAAAGAAGAAAAAAGAAUCUGAAUAAUAAAAGGAUUAUAACGCCUAUAAAGAAGAGACGAGGAGUAAGGAAGCGAUUCGAACAGAAAUACUUACUGUAAAUGUGUCUUAUAACCAGAGAUGAUCUACUGUAGCUAGGCUAAAAGUUUUAAUUUUUGACACGCUUCUGUGGUGUGAUUUGAAAUUUUAAUAUUUUGUAUUAAAAGAGAUUUGCUCACACA